AUGGCGGAGACUGCCGAGCCCAACCCAAUCGUCUUCUUCGACAUCACCCUAGGAGGGGAGAAGCUGGGGAGGAUCAAGAUGGAACUGUUCAGAGAUGUAGUCCCAAAGACUGCUGAAAACUUCCGCCAGUUCUGCACGGGCGAGACCAAGAACAGCCGGGGACAGCCGCAGGGCUACAAAGGCUGCAAGUUCCAUCGCGUCAUCAAAGGGUUCAUGAUCCAAGGCGGCGAUUUUGUAAAUGGCAACGGAACUGGCUCAAGAACUAUCUGGGGGACUGAGAAGUUCGCCGAUGAAAACUUCACCCUGAAACACGACAAGCCCGGUCUUCUAUCCAUGGCUAACUCAGGUCCCAACACCAAUGGUUCCCAGUUCUUCAUCAUCACUGCGAAGAAUGGCACCCCUCAUCUGAACGGCAAGCACGUUGUCUUUGGCAAUGUCAUCGAAGGCAUGGACGUUGUCACCAAGAUCGAGAAUACGCGAACAGUAGCCAACCCGGAAGGGAAGCCAGUGCAAGACAUUGCCAUUUCACAAUGCGGUGAGAUGUGA